UCACUAUAUAAACCCUAAUUCUUUAAUCUCAUUUCUCUUUACAUUUACACCGAUCUGAAUCGGACUUUCUCUAGAAGCCACCGGUAAACCAAAAAGAUAAUGGCAGACGCUAAUGAGACAAUGGCGGCGGCGGCGGAGAAAGUAGAAGCAAAGCCGCAAAUGGCGGAGGUAAAGAGAUCAUGGGGAGAUGAAGUAGACUCUGAAGAAGAACAAGAAGAAUCGAGUAAAGGAGCAGCUGCCGAUGCGUCCACGUCUGAUAAUAAAGACGUAUCCGAAUUACACGUGGAUAACCUGAAAAUUGAAGAUGAGGAUUUCAGGAAUAAAGAGUUAAAUGAAAUUGAUGAUUCUAGUAUUCAAGCUGUUACAUCUGGCGAUACACCCUAUACUUCAGCGUCUGGAUUCGAUGAUUUAAACUUAUCGCCAGAGUUAUUGAAGGGACUAUAUACGGAGAUGAAGUUUGAAAAACCAAGUAAAAUUCAAGCAAUUAGUCUUCCUAUGAUAUUGACUCCUCCUCACAAAGACUUGAUUGCUCAGGCUCAUAAUGGCUCUGGUAAAACAACCUGUUUUGUAUUGGGGAUGUUAAGUCGUGUUGAUCCUGCUAAUCCGAGAACUCAAGCACUUUGUAUUUGUCCCACAAGAGAACUGUCCCUUCAGAAUUUGGAAGUUCUUCGGAAAAUGGGGAAGUACACCGGGAUUAGUUCACAAUGUGCUGUGCCAAUGGAGAGAGGAAAUAAUGAGAGAAAACCCCUUCCGUUCAUAUCUGCACAAGUUGUUAUUGGUACUCCUGGCACCUUAAAGAAAAUGAUGUCCCUGAGAAAAUUGAGCACUGACGGUAUGAAAGUCCUCGUUUUCGAUGAGGCUGAUCAGAUGCUGGCCAAGGACGGCUUUCAAGAUGACUCUCUGAGGAUAAUGAAGGAAAUUCAAAAAAGCAGCCGCAACUGCCAGGUUCUUUUUUUUUCUGCCACUUUUAAUGAGGCUGUGAAAAGUUUUGUAUCAAGGGUUGCGAAGGAUGACGCUAAUAAACUCUUUGUGAAGAAAGAAGAGCUAUCCUUGAAUGCUGUAAAGCAGUACAAGGUCUAUUGCCCUGAUGAGCAAGCUAAGAUUUUGGUGAUAAAAGACAGAAUUCUUGAACUAGCUGAGGAAGUAGGGCAGACAAUUAUUUUUGUCAAUCGUAGACAUAGUGCAAGCAUGUUAAACAAGGCGCUUGUUGAAUUGGGUUAUGAAGUAACCACCAUUCAUGGUGCAAUUGAUGUUGUAGAGCGUGACAGGAUAGUCAGUGAGUUUAAAAGUGGUUUGACUCAAGUUCUGAUAGCAACUGAUGUUAUUGCCCGAGGGUUCGAUCAACAGCAGGUUAAUGUGGUUAUCAAUUAUGAUCUUCCAAUAAAGUAUGGGACUUCAGAGCCUGAUUAUGAGGUCUACUUGCAUAGAAUUGGUAGGGCAGGGCGUUUUGGUCGUAAAGGGGCAAUAUUCAACUUUCUGAUGUUUGACAGCGAUAUGACGGCCAUGGAAAAAAUUGAACAAUAUUUUCGGGCCGAAGCGACACUGAUUCCAUCGUGGCAGAGUGAUAAGGAUUUUAAGGAUGCACUGAGAGCAGCUGGAUUGCUUUAAAUUUGUGGUCUUUGUUGGCCUAUAAAAGUUUUUGGGUUGGAUUUUAGGGGAGUGAUUAUAUACAAUGUAAAAUUGCGGAUUUUCAAGUUUAUUGUUCUAUAAUUAAUUAUUAUGCCCUCUUGUGUCAAAAACUAGUUGUUCAUCCACUGUUUUCCUGUAAUUAAAUCAAAUAUUCUUAUCUAUUUCAUCUCUUUCACAGUUAA